GCAAUAUGUGGCACCAUUGACGGACAUAGAUGUCGUCAAAGCAACAACAGCGAGGAGGAAUGAGAAACGCAUGGUUUGUGCUAGGUAAUAUGAGAGGGGGAUCUCGAGUAAUAGCUCUGAUACUGGUAGUAGGAAGACGGCUUGCUUUUUAUGUCCCAGAAUAUGUUCUUGGCGAAGUACUCCGCAGUUCUAUCAGGAUGGUUGAGCCUGCAGGAUUUCAGGCAGAGAGUACAGGCAAAACUUUGUUCAUCAUAGCAUACUGGUCCAGGAAAGUCCUGGCGACGGACAGAGGUUCUCAGACGUGUUGGGAAACGUAGG